AUGGAGCAGAAGAUGGCUUUGGUCAAGCAGAGGGUCGCCUUGCUUGACAGUGCCAGCAACAGCAGCUGCAGCGACAGUGACAAGGUUGGUGUUUGGGUGCCCACGAAUGAUGAGCUUGCUAUUGUUGUUUGUCACCAGCCAGCGGUACUUCAUUGUUGUGAUACAGACGAUGAGGGCGAUGAUAUUCCUUUGAAAGCUUUGAAGUCAAGGAGGCUGGACAGUGAGCAAAAAAAGCUUUCUGGUGCCCCUCAGGCACACAAUGCCCAAAACAUCAUUACUGGCGUCACUAACAUUGCUGAAGCAUCUGAUAUUAAUGGCCAAAAUUUAAGUGCUAGUGUUCAUGGCAACUGUGGAUCCACUAUGGCUAGAGCUAAGGAGGUACAGGCGAAGUUGCCAGAAAACAAUCUUAGCUUUACCAAGACUAUGCUACCAUCUCAUGUCAUCCGGGGGUUUUGGCUUAGUAUGCCAACUGACUUUUGUAACAAGCAUCUCCCAAAGCAAGACACUGGAAUUAUGUUAGAAGAUGAGAAUGGAGAGGAUCAUCACACAAGGUAUCUAGGUUCCAGGCAGGGACUAAGUGGUGGGUGGAGAGGUUUCGCAAUUAAACAUGAUAUUAAGGUUGGCGAUGUUUUGGUUUUCCAGCUUGUGGAAUCAACGAAAUUUAAGGUAUACAUAAUAAGAGCUAAUGAAUUUACAGCAACUGAUGGAGCAAUCAGUCUGCUGAAUUUAGAAGCGCGCAAGAAAGGGAAGCUACUAUCAAAGGCUACCAGAGUGGAGCACAGUGUCCCUGCAGACGAUGACAAUGACAACAACGUCAUCUUCAGCGAAGCGGGCGGGCUCAGGAUCUCGGAUUCAGACAUGGACUUUGGUGACGUGGCGAGCUUCAGCGACUUCAGCAUUGUCGUGGACAGCCUGGUGAUUGACUGCAAGUUCCAGGAGCACCUGCGGAGGACGUACUACGAGCUUUGCCGCUCCCAGAAGGCGUUCCUCCACAGGAACCUGCUGAAGCAGCUAAACCUGACCCUCGUCAUGGGGGCGAUCAUGGAGACGGUCAGCAUCGCAGAGGGCAUCCGGGCAUGCACAGUGGAGCGGUCACCGUCCCGCGAGGACCUGCUGGUGUGGAAGAAGACCCUGGAGUCCGUGGAUCUGCUGGGCAUGGACGUCGGGUUCCUGCUGAGGCGCGUUGACGACCUCCUUGGUGUGUCUGCCCAGGCUCAGCAGGCGAGGGACCAGUACAGGGAGAUGAGUGCGGAGAAGGCUCGUGCCGCGGAGAAGGUGAAGGCACUGGAGCUUGCGUUGGGGAGCGUGAAGGACGCUCUGGGUAAGAUUGAUGCCGACAUGGAGGAGGUGGAGGCAAGGGUGAAUAGGAGCGGCGCAACGCUGCGGGAGCUAGCCACUGCACCAUGGUGA